GGAAAUGAAGCAGACGACAUUCAAGAUUCAACGAGUUUGACAGUUUUUUAACAAAUCCGAUAAAAAUGUCACGAUUAAACAGUUCUACUCACGAAAAUCUAACAGAUUCUAUUAUUAAAAACUUGUUUAGUAAAGGAAUUUUCACAGACUUUGACUUUAUUAAUAAGGAUACGAAAUUGUUGAGUAAAAUCACCGGCUUUUCGUUUAAGAGAAUUGUUGAAAUUAAAAAUGAAUUCUCCGAGUUUCGUGGAGGUUGUACCACAAUUGUAGGAGCCGAUUAUUACGAAAAUGAAACAGUUUUCACGUCAGGAAUAUUGAAUUUAGACAAGUUGUUGGGUGGUGGAUUUUAUUCGAAUCAAAUUUACGAAUUUUGCGGAGCCUCUUCAGCUGGUAAAACACAAUUGUGCUUGUCGAUUGCAACAAAUAUUGCAUUGGAAAAAAAUUAUGUUGUUCAUUAUAUUGAUACGAAGGGAGAUUAUUCAGUUACUCGAGUCGUUCAGAUUUUGAAUGCAAAAAAUUGCAGUGAUGAGGAUAUUGUACGUGUUUUAAUGAAUAUUAAAGUAACAAAAAUCACGAAUUCGAAAGGAAUAUUUUCUAUUUUGAAUUAUUUGGGAAAUAUAACAAAGGAGGAAUUUAAAACAAAAUUAUUAAUAAUUGAUUCAUUGUCUACAUUUUGUCUUACGUCGACUGCAAAAACUGAGACAAUGUAUUCUUUAAUUCAUUUAAAAAAUAUGAUUCGAUUUAUUACGAAUGAAUUUAAUAUUCCUGUGAUAACGACAAAUUUAGUGACACAAUGGACAGAGGAAAAUCCAUUGAAAAAUGGUGUAAAUGUCACGAUUUUUAAACCAACAUUGGGAAAAUUUUGGUACACAGUUCCAAAUACAAGAAUUUUAUUGAAAUAUUUAAAAGACGAGGAGAGGGAAAUUUCAAUUUGGCAAAGUGUAGAUUUCAAAAUUGGCACUUUUUGUAAUUUAAAUAUAACUUCCACUGGUUUUUCUUAGUAUAAAUUUUGUUUUUGCUAAUUUUUCUAAUUUUUUAAUUAUUUAUAAUAUUGUAAUAAUUUCUAGGAAAAUUUGAUUUUUUCUCAAUUUAUUCUA